AUGACAAAAAGCAUUUUUGGAAAAGUAUAUGAACAGAAUGUUGUGUUUGAUUAUGAAAAAUAUUCUAAUGACGAUCCCUCUAUCGAUGAAAAACUAUCUAAUAAUAUUGUUGAAACACAUUAUUCAAUUAAUCCUCAUGAAAUUUAUACAUGUAUUCAUUCUGGUCAAGAUGAUAUUUCAUCAAGUGAAUCUUCAAAAACAGCUAUUAUUAAAGUUGAAGACACAGUACCAGAUCUUAGUCAAAAACAUAUUGGUCGAUAUACAUGUGAAUAUGAAGGUUGCAACAGAACAUAUAGUACAGUUGGAAAUUUACGGACCCACAUGAAAACACAUAAAGGCGAGUAUCGAUUUAAAUGUGCAGAACCAAGUUGUGGCAAGGCAUUUCUCACGUCGUACAGCCUUAAGAUUCAUAUUAGGGUACACACAAAAGUGAAACCAUUUGAAUGUAAUCACAAAGGCUGUGAAAAAGCAUUCAAUACCCUUUACAGACUGAGAGCUCACCAAAGACUUCAUAGUGGCAAUACAUUUAAUUGUGAAGAAACUGGAUGUGUUAAAUUCUUCACUACUUUAAGUGAUCUCAAGAAACAUAUUCGUACUCAUACUCAAGAAAGACCUUACAAGUGUCGAGAAAAAGGUUGUGGUAAGGCUUUUACAGCAUCACAUCAUUUAAAAACACAUAAGAGAACACAUACAGGAGAACGACCUUAUGUGUGUACUGUUGGUAAUUGUAAACGAUCUUUUACCACACCUCAUAGUUUAAAGAGUCAUUUGAAAACCCAUAAGAGAGCUGUUAAUAAUAAUGAAAUGAAACAUGAAGUCAAUCAAGAUGAUUACAGAAACCAAAGAAAUAGUGAAACAUUGAAAAUCAAAGUCGAUAUUGAUGAAAUAACAUCAACGAAUACAAAUGUGCCAUGUUAUGCCAUUAUACCAUUAUCUUCUAGUAAUGGACAAAAUAAGGAAAGUAUUACUUAUUUAUCUAUAGAAAAUCCUAAUGAUCAGUCAACAUCUACGAAUGAGAUGAUGGGUAUCUUAAGUCAAAGUGGACUAAAUAAAGAACUCGAUUAUAAUGUUAUUGAUAAAGAUAAUGAAAAUCUAAAUAAAACUACAGAUAUUGCUCUACUUACAACAGAAAAUAUUAUGUUAAAUAAUUUUACUGAGCAUGCAAUUGAUAAUUUUAAUAAUAAUGAAAAUUAUAACAAAUUUAAAAUAUUUAAUGAUGUAAAUGAUUCAAAUUUACAAGAUCAAAAUCAGCAAUAUACUUCUAAUUCUUCCACAAAUACUCAAGAUAGCAAGGCAAAUAAUAAAAAUAAGUCUAAUUCGAUAAAUUUAGAACAAAAAAUUAUACAAAAUGGUUUACAAAAUACCAUUGCUCAUAUCUCAGAAGGUACAGAUUUCACUAGUGAUGUGCAAGAAUAUGAAGAUGAUAGUACUAUUGUCAAUAAAGUUUACGAUAAUGAAGCAAAUGUAAGCGUAACUGGUGAAAACAAUAACGCAACGUUGUAUAACGCAAAUUCUGUUACUAGUCAUGUAUCAAAUAUAAUUAGUUCCUCUAAUGAGACUCAGCUCUUUGAUAGUGAGAUAGAAAAUUUACCAUUUAUUAAUGAUAGUUUACGAACUAGAUCUCUAAACGAAGUUGAACAUGCAUUGAAUUCUAAUGUUAUUGCAACUACGCAAUCGGAAGCUAUUGAACUAGCCAUAGCAUCUGAGGAGGAAAUACCUUCUCCUUGGGUAGAUGUCAUGGCAAUGGCAACUCCAUCCGCAUUAAGGAGGCAGUCUUGGUCGGAAUUAAAUGCUUUUCCAACAGCGGUUCAUUCGUUAGUUGAUUUAGUUGAACCAGGACCAUAUCCAUUACAGAUAGAAAGUCAGUUACAUCCAUUACAACAAGUAGAUAAUGUAAACUUAGUAGAUGCAGAGAACAUUAAUACGUGUACGGAAAUUGUACACUGUCAAGAAAACGACAGUGAUAAACAAACCGGAGAUAAUAUAAAAAUAAAAAAGAGUAGAAAUAUUUUGCAAGAAAUCACAGCCGAGGCAGAUAUAUGCAAAUGUACUGAUUGUAAAUGUGAUUAUUUACAAAAUUGUCAAAAUUGCUCAAAUGAUAAAAUUCAAGAAAUUAAUAAAAAGCAUGUGUCAUCAAAGGUAGUAGAUGAUUUUAUGUCUUGUUUACAAAGAGAAUGUUUUUGUGACAAUAAACCCAAUGAUUGUGGGUCUUGUUGUGUUGUGAUUUGUUUAAAAACGUUACAACAAUUGCAAAAAGUAUUUAGUCGUAAUUGUUGUAGAAGUACUAAUAGUAUAACACGUUGUAGAGAGAAAUUAUUAUCUCCAUUAAUGAAGUGCCAAUUGACAAAAAACCAAUGA